AUGAAUUUGGGUCUCUUCAACCGUAUGAACUUGAAGGAAAGCAGUGAAAGCAAAGGAAUGUACUCAGAAUGGACGUCUUUGAAUCUGGCAGUUCAACAGGGAGAACCAACCAGUGUUUUAGAGAAAUUUGGUUUGCCAAUCAGCAAAGAAGUCACUUUGGGUCUUGUACAUCAACUGGCAAGUAAUUUAGGCAUAACACAACCACCUGAACCAAGUCUUUUAACAACAGACAAAGAUGUACAAUGGUGUAUGGAAGUUAUAUGUUUUGGUCUUUCAUUACCUCUAGCAGAACAUGAAGCCAUUAAAGAUUGUGUUAAUGUAUACUGUGAAUGGCUUACUGCACUAUUACCUAACCCAAAAAUAUGUGUACCACAACCAGUUCUUGAUGACCCUAAUGUAUAUUCAAGAAACAUAAUCAGCCACUUGCAUUAUUUAUUCAUACCCAGAAAAGGAGAAGACUGGGCCUUUCUUUAUCAGGAUUUAGGUUUUGAUACAAUCAACAGACAAGCAGUGUUUUGUCACAGAGUAUUGAGAACCUUACAGCAAAUUGCUCAUGAAUCAAAACUCUUAGAAAGAGAAACUUGGGAAACUCUAUUGCUAUUUCUUCUGGCUAUCAAUGAUACCUUAUUGUCACCACCUACAGUCAAAGAUGAUGUAGCUGAUCAACUGUGUGAAAGAGUACUCAGUGUCUUAUUUGAAAUAUGGCUUUUAGCCUGCGCCCAAUGUUUCCCCUCGCCGCCUCUAUGGAAAACUUUGAGGGACUCCUGCAUGAACUGGAGGCACAGGGUGGCGCUGAUCGAACAGUGGAACAGGGUGAAUUUGGCUUUGACCUCGAAAGUUUUGGUAUUCAUGUACGGACCGACGUUUCCGGAAUUGAAAAUCGGAGAAGACGAUCUCAUACCAGCUGGAAUGACAAAUGACUGUGUGGCGCAGAGCUGGUACAGGUUUUUGAAUACUGUUGGCAACCCUGUAAGCCUAACCAAACCGAAAGUUAUAAGUCAGACGCAAAAAUUCCUACAGUUUGCCAUCAGCACAGAUGGUGUUGUGGAUCCAUGUCAGCACCCCUGUCUUUUGUCUUUACCGCUGAUUUUUCUUAAAGCCAUAAAAGGAAUUGCUGGACAAGUAGAUGCCUUCCUGGGUAUCGCACAGCCCGUAUGGUGGGACUCGGUGGUGACAGGCGCAGGCGGGGACAAGAGCAAAGAAGCCCCACCGAUCACGCAUUCUCCCACUCCCCCCACGCAGCGCAGGCUAGCUAAAAGUUUCAGUGUCAAUCCGUCUUCCGCUAGCAAGGGGUUACCCAGAACGUCAUUGAUAGGCCUGACGACUAGCCGUAGUUCAGCAGUUCCCCCUCCAUCUAGUACAAAUUCGGGACCUUCUUCAGCAUCAAGUAUAUCAUCCCUGACGUCGUUCGGAGUGGAACCUAGGAACCCCCUAGCACCAGCCAGAGCAAAAUGCAAUACAAUACUACAUCUUUUCGGAGAAUGGUUAUUCGAGGCAUCUUUCAUAGGCUGCGACCUACCCCAAAAGAAUUUGAGUGAUCAGAAGAGACCGAAUUCGGUUAUAAUGGAAAGCAAGAAUUCCCUUAAUUUUUCGCAACCUGGCUCGAUGAACGAUACAAGUGAAUUACCGCCUGGUUUGACUAUAGACAAAUAUGAAAGCGGUAGGGCAGAAGCUUUAGGAACGCUCUGUAGAAUAAUGUGCGCCAAAAAAACCGGAGAAGAAAUUUUACCUGUCUAUCUAGCUAGAUUUUAUGUGGCAAUACUGCAAGGCCUGAAAGUACCUUUGAAUAGAGAAUGUGGCGAAUGCAUGGCGGCUAUUCUGAUAAAUUCUCCGGACUUAUUCCAUUUAGAUCUUGAUGGCGUUAGAAUUCUCAUGCCCGCAUUCAUUGGAGCUCUAGAAGUAGUCUUGCCCGAAAAAGAUUUGAAAUUGAAUGGAAUCGUUAAUAAAGUGGAACUCCGGAAAGCCUCAAUACAGCUUCUGCUUUCGAUGUUGGUGUUGCCAUUGCAUUUCCAGAAUGUCGUUAUCAAAGAACUUAUAAGUACAGGUGUGAAUGAAAAACCAGUAUCAUUUCUCCAGCUCAAGCCGAAAUUGAUGAAUCUCUUGAUGAACGCUCUACAGAUAGAGACAGAUCCGCAAAACACCCACAUGCUUCUGGGAGGUUUAUUUUUGUGUGUACAAGAUUCGGCUAUUUUUGAGAAAGUUGAACAGGUUACUCAGCCUUCAAAUGAGACUUCCUCAAAUCUGCUCAGUUCUGCUUCUGACACCGCAAGUAUGGCCAGCAUGGCUAGCAGUGAUCGUUCCACCACACCCGACCAUCCGUAUGGCACCAUUGAUUAUGACCCACUGUUGUUGCCCUUAGAUUCCGCUCAUGCUUUGUUCGUCAGAGCAACGUACCUGGUUUGCCACCGAUUGAUUUCUUCUUGGAAGACAGACCUCAACGUGUCUCUAGCAGCCCUAGAACUCCUAUCAGGUCUUGCAAGAAUCCACAUCAGAGGCUCAGACGCUAUGGAGUGUAAAAGAGCUGUCAAAUGGCUCUGUGAUUACAUAGUUUCUCAGUGUUCCAGACCACCACCAGCGCAUUCCAAAGAUUUACAUUCCACUAUUGUAGCUGCUUUCCAGUGCUGUUCCGUUUGGUUGCUGGAACAUCCGUAUUUGUUGAGAGAUAAAGAUUGCCUAACAACAGUAUUAGAAGUAGCCGAACUCGGAAUUUCAGGGACGAAGUCGGUUGGUAAACCUGGCGAACCUAUCAAAAUGAAAGAAGAGAAAGAACUGAAACCAGCAUCGAUGCGAGUACGAGAUGCUGCCGAAAACCUUCUCACCUGCAUUCUGGAACAGGUGUCCUAUUUUCCCAGCGAAUGUGGACCCGAAUCCAUAUCUUCCCUACUCGAUGAGCUGUCGCUCCUGAAACAUUGCAAUUCUUGGCCUACCAUGUGCAAUGACCAGUCUGCAGCUGUCGAAAGAUUCAGGUAUUUCGUGACGGAGGGCUCCGUCAUGCUGGCGCUGCUCGAGGAGCCGCUGGGCAACGACCAGGACCCCCAGCCGACGGUCACUCUGCUGAUAAGGGGGCCCUUCGGCCGGCACGCGUGGACCAUGCAGCUGCGCCAUCUGCCGCGCCACAAGUCCGGCACCAAGUACCACGCGCACAACGCGUGCCGGCCCGUGGUCAUGCAUGACGCGCCCGUUCGGCCGCAGGUCAGGCAGCGGUACUUCCCCGACGGCGUCGACAGGGUGAUGCAGUGUAGAGUUGAUCAAUCUAUACCAUCUUUAGAAUCAGUAUUAUCAGGUGAGGAUGAAAUAAACAGGGAAAUCGAAAUGGUGACACAGUUGAUGGGCAAACAGAGUCAUUCGGGAGAUAAUCAUGGAGCACAGUCGUCCCCAUCGUUGCCAGAAUGUACCCCACCACCCGUUUGCCACGAUUUCCAGACUGCCAGACUGUUUUUGUCACACUUCGGGCUUCUGUCUCUAGAUGAAUCUGAAGAGAGCCUUGAGAAUUCGUCGCACCUCUCUGCGCUAGACAGCAGCGCCGCAGACUUCUGCGAUGAUCUUUCUCUGCUGGACAAAAUGAGUCCGAGAACCUGCGACACAGUACACAUUUUCUAUGUGCGACCGCAGCAGUCGCAGGCGCAGGACAUCGUAGGUAACGUUUCCAACGAAAACGCGAUCUCCGCCUACUUUUCCGAGUUUAUUCACAGCCUGGGAUGGCCCGUGGAAAUCAGCAAACAUCCAGGAUGGACUGGACAUAUCUCAACAAGUUGGAAAAUAGCAGGCAAUUCACAGCAGGAUCAAACGUCAAAGCAAAAAUUGUAUGACGGGUCUACCCACGUUCUUUAUUGGGCAGAUGCUUGUUCUGAAAUCGCUUUCGUCAUUCCUUCGCAAUACAAACAAACCCAGGCAUCUUCAGAACAUUCCAGUUUCAAUACAAGCAGUUUGUCAUCUUGGAGCGAUAGGAGUUGGUCGGACAAGAGAGCUUUGAGUUUGGACUUGGAUAAGCAACCAGUGCCCCCUAAGAGAAGCGUACAUAGGUCCAAUUUGCACCCUCAUACUAAUACGAAAAUUAUGGUAGUUUGGUUGGAAAGUUUUGAGGAUCAUCUAGAAUUACCCAUAGGUGAUCUGUUGAACUGCAUGAACACGGGACUCGAAAAGGACUCCAUACCGAAAACGAGCGAAGUUCUAAUCAUAUUUCUGCAUCUCCUAUCGACUGGGCUGUUCAGGGUGCACCUGCAAGGUCCGACGGGUCGUGUCAGUUUGGCCUCUCCCUUGGUAGAUGGCAUGGUGGUCAGCCGAAGGGCCUUGGGGCCGAUGGUCAGGCAUACCGCUCUCAAUAUGGCACGGAGAAGACGAUUGGACUCCGACAGUUAUCAACCUCCACAUCUAAGAAGACGAAUAAAAAUUCAGGAAAUUGUGCAAAAGUACAAGAGAGAAAUGAGCAAACCAGAAUUAUUAACAUAUUUAUUCAGUAGCACUUGA